ACGUCACGAUAGGCCCCGCCCCCAGCUGCCAGCCAAUGCGGAUACCACCGCGGCUCACUUGAGCCCGAAGCUGCCCUUUCCCGGGGUCACGAUGGGCAGCAAGAUGGCGGCUGCCCGCCGGGUCGUCCAGGCAGUCAAGCCACACACACCAUUAAUAAGGUUCCCUGACAGAAGAGACAAUCCUAAACCCAGUGUAUCAGAAGCCUUGAGAUCAGCAGGGAUCCCAUCUCACUCUUCUGUAAUUUCACAGCAUUCUAAGGGGAGUAAAUCACCGGAGUUGCUGAUGCAUGCAGGUCCACCAGACACUGCAGAAAUAAUAAAAAUGCUACCUCAGAAGUAUAGAAGGAAACUAAUAUCUCAAGAGGAAAUGGAGUUUAUCCAACGUGGAGGUCCAGAGUAAUCAUUGUGGCUGCUGUUUGUCAUCAGACAAAAGAAUUAUCUUUAUAAUGAAGGACUUCCAAAAUGACAUAUGAAAAAUUGUAUAUUAAAUAACCUUAAUAAAUAUUCUCAAAAAAUAUAUAUAUAGAAACUUUAGACGGAUACCUGGGCCUUCUAAUUUAUGUAUCUUGGUCAGCUUCUCCACAAGCUUACCUAAUUGUUUAUAUACUUUAUACUUAUUAAAGCAUACAUUUAGAAGUGCUAGCUUAUUAAUUUACUCUUGAUUUUCAAGUAAUACCAGAGACAAAAUAGGAAAAGCACACAAUGUCUAGUAAACUGUAGAUUUCCUAUGAUUUCACUUUUCUUUCUCAUUCUGUUUAGAAAUAGAAAAAACUUACUAGAUAGAAUUACUGCAUUAGGGAAGUAGAUUUCCUGAAAUUAGAAGAGGAUUGAUAAAAUAACAUCAGCAUUAUUCUUAAUUCUGUAACGUUUUUUCAUUCACGAGGUUACUGGAGUAAACUGGCAUAAGCAUAUCUUACUGUAGAUGAUCAGUAUAUAACCAGUGACUGAGAUGAAGACCUGGGAGACAAUUAAAAAAAAUGUACUUGUAACCAUUACUCAGAAAAAAAAAGUCAGUAUAAAAUGGAAAGUAAGAGAUCAAAAUGAAUAUAGACAGGAAUAAAUGUAUCACUGGAAAUUUCAGUUUAUGUUUGGGGGAAUGUUAAUGUCUUAUUCUUUGUUUUUUUUACUUUGCGUGUGAUCAUGUGUGCAAAUCCUGAUGACCUGUUAGCUUUCUCAAACUUAAUAUCUGAAAACCUCAUAAGUCAACCUAUAUAUUUGCUUGUGAAGCCAAGCUAUGCAACUUUAAUAGGGCCUUCCUGUGCCAAGAGAAAGGAAAGCCUCACAAAGCUAAAUAAAUUCUUUUCCAUAUCUGU